CUAAACCCCAGUCUGAGACCCAUCCAAGCUCCUACAUUCCUCAAAACCCUAGAAACGGAUACAUACCACCCCUUGAACCGAUUCUGGGCAUCAUCUUCUCAAUCCUAAUAGCUCUCUUUCUACACAUUUCACCACCGUUUCCCUCUUUCUGGAGCUUAACCGCCACCAUGCCUCCCAACAAACCCUCCAAAGGGCGUCAUUCGGGUUCGAGACAUCGACACACUUUAUCGCUGCAAAAGACCGAAGUCAUGAUCAAUGUCUAUGAUCUGCUGCCUCCUGGCAAGUUCUCGACAGUUCUGUGGGCAAUAGGCUCCUCACUCCUCCACUCUGGCGUCGUCAUCAGCGGAAAAGAAUACGCAUACGGCGGGCACGACAAGCGCGGCAUGACGGGCGUCUACUGGACGAGGCCGCAGUCUGAACCACCUGGAGGCACGUUCAAGUGCGAGGUCCUCCAAGGCUUCACCUUGGCACCCGCAGAAGAGAUAGAAGCCAUCAUCAAGGCAGCUUCCGAAGAGUUUCAAGGAACGUCAUACAAUAUCCUCACACGAAACUGCAACCACUUCACAUCAUACCUGUGUGAGAAGCUGACCGGGAGACCUGGGCCCGGCUGGCUUAACCGGGCAGCUAGCAUCGGUAUCGCUUUGCCAUGCGUCGUACCGAAAGAAUGGAUCGCCCCCCCGGACUUCGACACUGCAGAUGGAGAGUUGGUUGAUGGAGACGAGGAUGAUGCAAAUGAAAGUUCAAGGAUGCUUCCUACGCGGCAAUACCGACGUAGCUUCAGCGACGAGACAGACGAUGACGAGUAUGAGAACGACAGGGAAAGAAGGAACGGUGCGAAGGGGAAGGGAAAGGCUCCCAUCAGGGAUACAUCUGGGCGAGUGGUGCCACCAGCAGAACGGGCUCCUUUACCACGAGGCAUCUGAUCUACCCUCACGACCUAUAUGCAACCACGACAUUCUUUUAGCAAGGGAG